AUGUUAACUCUACUAGACUUGCCUGAUGAUGUUCUAGCUUUAUUGUGUUCAUCAUAUUUAACACUCACCGAUCUUCUUCAUCUAGAACGCACAUGUCAACGUUUUCAUUCUUUAUUAUCAACGUACGAUAUUAUAUGGCAAAAACAAACGAGGCGUAGGAUUCGUUUUACAUUUUCAUUUUAUAGUAACCAUCAUUUAUGUCCGCUUGCGGACUAUUAUCGUCGUCAACAAAAACGAAAUUCGCGAACAUCCGCGUUUUACUUAGAUUCAAAUUUAACAAAUGAUUUUAAUUAUCAAAUUUUAUUCUCAUCAUCACGAGCAUUCGUGCCAACAGAUUAUUGUCGGCAAAAUUCAAGUGAAUUAUGUACAAAAUCUGAUUGUGAUAUUAAUCGUCUAUUGUUUAACAAUAAAAGUCAAGCCAUAUUAGCACAUCGUUGGACAGAAAAUAAUUUUUAUAGACAUGUCCUUAUUAAAUUUAAUAAACAUUUUCAAACAUCGUUAUUGUACUAUGACGAACAUAAUUGUCAUCUAUGGUUUACACAAGAUAGAAAUUUGACGUAUCUAAACACAAAUACACAUGAUAUUGUUAAUUGCUAUCACUCUAAUGAAGAUGAUAUUUUGUGUUAUAAAGUAGUUGAUCAACAACUAAUUUGUCUGGCAGAUGGAUCAGUUUUACGCGUAAUAUCAAGAGAAACUAAAAAUGUCUUUACUUAUUAUGAUCAUCGAGAUGAUAUAUUAGCAUUAGAUGUUUUCACUAAUAAUUAUCAAAGAUAUUUAAUAGUGAAUGGCACACACAAUCAUAUGAUCUCAAUGAGAACGUUUGAUGUUGAUUAUGAAACAAGCGAUUUAGAAUGGAAAACACGUUUAAAUGAUCGUAUACUAUGUACAAAAUUUACAAUUGAUGGUCAUUAUGUUCUAGUAGGCACAGGAGCAACAACAAAUACAUAUCCAGUAAUAUUAUUCAAUACAGAAUAUGCUAAACCGUUUUAUUUAUUUAACGAUAAUUACCGAAGAGGAGCUGGUGUGCGGUGUAUCGAAUAUAUCGAUGGAAAUUGUUUUCUAGCUGGUGGUUAUGAUGCAUUAAUCAAAGAAUUUGAUCUAAGAACAGGAAAAUGCCAUUCGACAUUCGAAGAACCCUUUGGAUAUGAUAUAUCGUCGCUAGCUGUGGCAAAUGAUAAUUCAUCAGGCGUUCUCAUUGGAACAAAUUAUCAUUCAACUGUAAGACUCUACGAUAGAAGACAACGAAAUUCAAAAAGGUUGUUUUUUGUAUCAGAACAUAAUAGUCCCGUUCAUAGUCUGCAAGUAACACCAGAAAAAUUUUAUGCAAGUAUUGAUCAUGCUGUUGUAAUGUUCGAUUUUUCUAAAGUAGACUCUAAAAACGCUAUGUUACCGCCACCAUCAUCGUCAUCAUCAUCAAAUAUAAAAAGGCGUUUAAAGUCAAAACAUUAG